UUGGCUGCUCCGGGCAGGGGUGAGAACUGAAGGAGGCUAUGAGCAUGGCUUCCCAGGUAGCCUCUGGAACAGGGCCCAGCUCCCUGGGGCUCAGCCUGCUCCUGCUUCUGCUGCAUCUAAGCCCUGAAGGCAUCAGUGGACACUCAGCCUCUCUGCCCCCUGGCUGCCUGAUGAUGGGCCUGCUGAAGGCAUCCUGCCAGGGCCUGGGCCUUCGCACGUUCCCAACAGCUUUGCCUUUGACCGUAGCGCACCUUGACCUCUCUCACAAUCGCUUGCAAGUGCUACAGGACAACGCCACGAGAGACCAGCCAGAUCUGCGUCACCUGGACCUCCGGGGGAACCAGCUAGAGGGGCUCGCCCCAGGCUCCCUGCUGCCCCUGCGCUGGCUCCACGCCCUCGUUCUGGCGGGCAACUCCUUGAACCGGCGCUACGUGUCCAACAGCCAGGCACUAUGGCCUCUGAGCCACCUGCGGCUCUUGGACCUUUCCGCCAAUCACCUGGAGAGUGACAUGGUCUCUUUCUACGUGGCCAAUCGCAGCUCCUUGUGGAGCCUGGAUCUCUCCAACAAUCUCAUCACCCGCCUGGCCCGCAGUACCUUCCUGGGGGCCCCCAAACUGCUGGACAUUGACCUCAGUGACAACUACAUCCUGCAAAUAGAAGCUGGAGCUUUUGAAGGCUUGCUGCAGCUGCGGGAACUCUCCUUAGCUAGAAACUCCCUGCACUGCAUCUCAGAUUUCAGCCUCAGGGCCCUGUGGAGACUCAACCUGAGCUUCAAUGCCCUGCAGUUUUUUGCCACUGAGGAAGGAAAUUGGAGUUACCAGCUCCAGGUGCUGGACCUGAGCCACAAUCAGCUGAGGGCCAUGCCAACGCCUUUAGCCUUGCCCCAUCUCCAUCAUCUCAACCUCUCAGACAACCGCCUGACCUCCCUGGGGCCCCACAGCCCGUCCUCACCUCGGGACCCAGAGAUGGUGCCGACCCAGAGUGCCUCUGACCCGGCAGCCGACCUGCCUGAGCUCACUGACCUUGACCUCAGUAGGAACCAACUGGACAGGCUUCCAGUGGGCUUCCUUAGCCAGCUGUCUGCCCUCCAGAGACUCAGCAUGGGCUGGAACUGUCUCCAGAAUAUGUCGGUUCAGCAGCCGGGCCCUGGGCCACCUCUUCUGUCUCUGAGGUCUCUGGAUCUCCAGGGGAAUCGGAUUCAAACUUUUCCAAGCUGGGUCUUUGAAAUUCUGCCUGGUCUCAGAGCCUUGGAUUUGGGAGACAAUGAACUACAGCUGUGCGCAAGACCCGAGGCGGGCCGGGCCGGGCCCUUCCAGGGGCUCCGGCAGCCCUUCGGCUCUGCCUUCCACCUGAAGCACCUGAGCCUGAGCAGAAAUGGGCUGCGGCGGCUGUGUGCCACCCGGUUGCCCCCUGCACUCUUGUUCUCUCUCGAUCUCUCGGGCAACCCAGGGCUAGCGUUGGUCCCCGGUGACUUCCGGGGCCUGCAGCAUUCCUUGCACGAGCUCUCCCUCCGAGGGAACGGCAUGGCAAGCGCCCACCUGGGGCUCCCCUGCCUUUGGGAACUGCGGGCCUUAGACCUCUCGGGCAACCAGCUGGCUAGCCUGCCCCAGAGCCUCAACUGUUCCCCAUCUCUGCACAGCUUGGACCUGCGCAGAAACCUCCUCCAGGCCUUGGACACAGAGGUCCUGGGUGCCCACCUUAGGUCUGUGUUCCUUGCAGGCAACCCCUUUCUCUGCUGUAGCUUGGGCUGGCUGGCCACUUUGGCCAGUGCCAACGUGAGCGUACCAGACUCAGAGGAAGCCUGGUGUGUGUACCCAGGCGGGGAGCGGGGCUCCAGGGCGCCCCUGGCCAGGGAUCACAGUCACCUCUGUAACCGGUGGCAGUGGCGGGGAACUCAGGCCGGGUGGGUGCUUCUGGCUGUCAUUGGCCUGUUCCUCGGCAGCUGCGGAGCGACCGCCCUGCUGCAGAACAGUGGGAAGCUGCCCUGGGCCCGGCAGCUUAGGGCCCGUCCAAAGCCAGAGCCAGAACACAAGCCCACUUUGGGUAGGGAGAGUGUGGUGGAGAGAAGGGAACCAGAGCAGAAGUAGAGGCAGGCAGGAAAGGCCCUAGUAAAGAUCAGCUAUACAGGCUGCUUCCUGUCCACACUUAUCUCGGGCAGCUCUUGUCGCCCUGAAGGCCUCCAAGGGAUCGAAUUCGGGCCUUCAUUUGAGCUUGUGUAUAUCCGGUGAGCCCCCUAACACGAAAGCUUCUGGGAGGGCCCGGAGACCCUCUGGAGGACGACGAGUUCAUCCUUGGUUCUUCCCCUCCCAUCCCAGGAGCCACAGAAUGGGGCUCAUUUUAGGGACUCUGCAGAAAAAACACACAAAACAUUCAAAAGGGUCCUGGUCUCCCCGUAAGGACUCAGACUAAUCGAACGCCGAACACGAGACGACGGCAAAGCAGGCGAUCCUCUCCUCCCUCCCUGAUGAGUCCCGGCCUGGCCAGAGUCCUAUAGGGUCUCACAUUAUACAGAGCGUCCUCAAAAGGGAAAAGCAAAUUGUCCCCCUUUCUGGACCCUUCCCCACUUCAGAAAGCAGAAGUUGCUGGAGCUGCUGGAGAUUCGAGGCUCCGGCUUCCAGUGAGCCCCAGAUCUUGGGCCUAAUAGUGCUUCCGUGAGGUUAAGGACAGAGGAGACUUUGUCCUUGGUGUUGCUCCACAGUCUCCAUAGCUCACAGCAGGAGGGGAGCGGGGCCAGGUCAGAGUUUAUUUUCGUCUCCAUAUCAUGGCUUAGUCCCUUGCUCCCCUUUCAGCUCUAGGAUGACCUCCAUGGUUAUCCUAUAUCUUCUCUUGGUUCAGUCAGUCAAUAAGGAUUUAUUUACAUAUUGACAAGAAAUAAAAAUCUUUACGUAUUUACAAUAAACAUUUGUUUACAACAUAGUGUCCCUUAUGUGUCCGAGAGAUGCUACAAAGAUAAAAUCAGCUGGCCUUGGAUUGGAUCCAGCAGAUGAGAGAGAAGUGAGGAACUGAG